CCGCUCCCGGGACUUCAGCGUCCAGACUUGGGCUGGAAGCCGUAGCAUCUGUCCUAGGAUGCAAGGCCCAUUUCUGUCCGGGCGGGGGUCAAGUCCUCGGGAAGCCAAGUCACCUUAUCCAGCUCCUUGCCCCAAACGGGGCGCAGGCCGUGGUCACCCCUCUAGGAAUCUCCGAAGAUCCGGCCACGCCGCCCCUCUCAGGUGCAGAAACCCAGCUUCCCUCAGCCCGCUGGGAAGAUUGAUUGCCAUCCCCUCGGCUGGGGCAUCUGAGGGCAGAAGCUGCGCCAGGCGUGCCGGAUAGACCGCAGAGCAGCCCGGUCUGACCGCCUGGCCCCAACUAGGACCCAGACUCGGCGCCCCACCUUCCCCCCGGGGGGGCCCAGCGCAGUCACGCGCGCACCCCACUUGCGUUCACACACGCGCAAGGCUCACGCUCUCCGCCCUGCACACCUGCGCUCCGCCCCUUGGUCCCAGGCCGACGACCGGCGAAGGCAUUCGGAAACCCAGGGCAUCUGCCGAGGCGCCCCCCUUCUCUUCGUUUUCCCAGGGCCAGUGUAGUCCCGAGCCUGCCGCUGCUCCCAGCCAACCCCCAUCCCUCUCCUUCCUUCCCUCCCCCGCCUGCCGCGGCACCGGUAUCCGCAGCCACAGCCCGGAGCCGGUGAGGCGGCGAAGGGGGAGGGGGAGGAAUCAAGGGAUGAGCUCCGGGAGGGCGCCGGGGGCCCUGAGCCGGACUGGGACACCCCUGGAGCCGGAACCCGAGCCCGAGCCGGAGCCGGAGCCGGAGCCAGAACCAAACCAUCGGUACCGGUGUCCUUGGGAGGGACGAAAGCGCGGGACUUGCUGGAAAGGGGAAGGCUCUGGGCGUUGGGGAAGCAGGACCAGGAUCGUGGAAGAGGUCUUGCGCAGCCGCCCUCUGCUCCUGCCCCCGGGCGGUCUUGGAGGCCCAGCACCCCUGGCUCGGACAGCUCCCUGGCUAGUUGCAGCCCCCUAAACCCAGGAGGCGCCCUGGCCCGCGCUCGCCCCCCAGGGCCUCAUGUCGGAACCACAGCCUGACCUGGAGCCGCCCCAACAUGGGCUGUACAUGCUCUUCCUGCUUGUGCUGGUCUUCUUCCUCAUGGGCCUGGUAGGCUUCAUGAUCUGCCACGUGCUCAAGAAGAAGGGCUACCGCUGCCGCACGUCGAGGGGCUCGGAGCCUGAUGAUGCCCAGCUCCAGCCCCCUGAAGAUGAUGACAUGAAUGAGGACACAGUAGAGAGGAUUGUUCGCUGCAUCAUUCAGAAUGAAGCCAAUGCUGAGGCCUUGAAAGAGAUGCUGGGGGACAGUGAAGGAGAAGGGACAGUGCAGCUCUCCAGUGUGGAUGCCACCUCCAGCCUACAGGACGGAGCCCCCUCCCAUCAUCACACGGUGCACCUGGGCUCUGCAGCCCCUUGCAUCCACUGCAGCCGCAGCAAGAGGCCCCCACUUGUCCGUCAAGGACGCUCCAAGGAAGGAAAAAGUCGCCCUCGGCCUGGGGAGACCACCGUGUUUUCUGUGGGCAGGUUCCGAGUGACACAUAUUGAGAAGCGUUAUGGGCUGCAUGAACAUCGUGAUGGCUCCCCUACUGACAGGAGCUGGGGCUCUGGUGGGGGACAUGACCCAGGGAGUAGCCAGGGGUCUGGGGGAGGGCAACCCAGGCCAGGGAUGCCAGCCAUUGAGAGGCUGCCUCCUGAAGAGCCCCAGGCCCUAGCCAGCCUCCCAGUCCAGAAUGGAGGGCUCAGGGACAGCAGCUUAGUCCCUCGUACACUUGAGGGAAACCCUGGAGCCUCUGCAGAGCCAACGCUGGGGGCCAGAGGAAGGGGCCCAAGCCCAGGGCUGCCCACUCAAGAGGCAAAUGGACAGCCCAGCAAACCGGACACCUCAGACCAUCAGGUGUCUCCACCACGGGGAGCAGGGAAUAUGUGAGGUGAGUCUGCUGGAGCCCCACGUCAGUUACUCUCAUUCUCCCACCCCUGCUCAGGCUUCUUAAGCCCAUCAGCUCCUGAACCCUAAAGGUGGUCUGCAGGCUUAGCCUUGCGACAGACCCUUGGUUUGGUGGUGGGAAGUGGGUAUGUGUUCCAGGGGAUAGGCAAGUUCUUGCAGCCUCCUGGGGAAGAGCUGGGACAGAGCUUGAACAGGAAGCAACACUGUCACCCUUCCUCUCCUCCAAGCCUCAUUCUUCAUUGAGCUGAUGGACUACCAGCUGGCUGGUCCAGAGGACGGGUGGGCAGGAAGGCCCUCCUCUCCACUGGACAGCACUGCCCCCAGCUGAGGGACCAGUUCUACUUUCACCUGGAGUUGCGUGGUCUCAGCUGGGGGAUCUUGGGAGAAGCACCCCUGGUCCCUCAGUCUCUUCACCUGCCCCUGCCUGCCAGCAGGCCACCUGACCCACCUUCCCCAACACCUUGCUCCCUAUGCUGAAGUGCAGCAGCUGGGAGCAGGCCCCUGCCCUUGGCAGGCCCCUAAAGCAAUAGCACCUUAGGCCCCCUGCCCUCUUGGCACAAGAGGCCCAGUCCUGGCUUGGCCUUUGUGCCCUUUAUUCACUGUCAAUAAAUCCGCUCAGACCAUUA